CGGCAACGAACAAUCAUUUAUAAAAUUGUCGUUCAGAAAUCGUUCAUAAAAUAUUAAGUUCGUUUAAAUUCGGUUGUUUCUAACUUUUCUCAAUGACGAAGAAUUCAACCAUGAUUCCAGUGAACGGUGGUGCCACCUCAAUGCUGCAGAACUUGACAAAUUUUUCUGAAGUUGCAUGGCAAAUAAAAGAUCAAAUUAGCAUUGAUCCUGAAGGAAAUGUUCCACAAGCAACAGAAGUCAAUGCAACAAUCUCGGUGAAACCGCAUCUUUCCGAAGAUUGGCGAGAGACUUUAAAAGAAAUGGACAUGUACUUAGAGGAGAAUCAAGAUCUCAUGUCGCGCAGCCGAAAAAGACGACGCAGCGUUUCCGAAGUUGUUGAAUUUUUCAGUGAAAGUGAUAGUGACUCGUCAUCUCUUCACGAUGCUUCUUCAACAAAUGGAGACAUGCUCGAUCAAACAUCCUUGUGCAGUCCUGCUUAUGAACCUGUUGUGAAAACAGAACCAUUAUGUAUUAUAACGUCAUUCCACGAAACUCGCAUCCAUGAAACUGAAGCUCACUGCCAAGCCAACUCCAAGUGUACCUUCUCUCCAUCUACAUAUUGCAGUACUACAUCACCACAAUAUUAUCCUUCCUCCGUGGGACAGUGUGUUUCACCUACAAACAUUCCCAACACUACUGUUGAUAAUAUAUUGUUUCAACAGAAUGGUUAUAAUAUGAAUUAUGUCAGCAGCACAACAGCUGUUCCAGCCAAGAAUGCUUUUUAUGCGCAAUCUACAAAUCUACCCUACUAUUUUCCUCACUCAUACAAUACGGAACUUCAAAGAGAAAAUGUUGAAACUGCAAAAAGAAGAGUGCAUAAAUGCGAUUACCCAGGUUGCACAAAAGUUUACACAAAGUCGUCACACUUAAAAGCUCAUAUUCGAACUCACACCGGCGAAAAACCUUACAAAUGUUCAUGGGAGGGAUGUACAUGGAAAUUUGCAAGGUCAGACGAAUUAACGCGUCAUUACCGAAAACACACUGGUGCUCGUCCGUUCAAAUGCAGACACUGUGAAAGAGCAUUUAGCCGCUCUGAUCACUUGGCUCUUCAUAUGAAACGCCAUCAGACCAGUUAAAUCUGGAAAGGUUCACCAGAAGACAUAGCAGUCAUCUUCCUGAGAAACUGUCAACAGUAGUUUUACAGUUGCUGCUCUCAUGAUCCCUGUACACAGAAAUAUGAGGAUUCCAAAUAAAGAAAAACAUUAUGAAACUGAAAAAGUUCAUGGAAAAACACAUUCAUUGAGCUGUAUAUAAUUUAUAGUAUUAUGCAAACAAUUUAACUUAUGGCUAUAGUCUAAAACUUAUUCGAUUUCCUAGCGUUUUAUCAAAGCUUCUCAAUUUUAUGCAUUUUCGCAUACUUCUAGAUA